AUGAUUUAAAGAAACAAUUAAUAAGUCCAAGAAUGUUAAAACUCUGUAGGUAUUAUUCUAAAAUCUUAUGAGGUUAAAAAACAAUACGUUUGAAAAAAUUUAUGCCUUUAACAGAUGAUAAAGUAAAAAUAUCCGAGAAUGGAAAUCUCUUUACAGCUGACAACUAUUGUUCUAUAAAAAGUGAAUAAAAAAUUGUAGCAGAAGAAAUUAUGGAUGUUAAAAUAAAAAUUUUAAGCUUUGACCCUUUUGGGACAAUUAGUAUAUCAGUUGGAAAUUAGCAGAAAAAUUUUACCGAUUAUUUUAGUUUCUAUGGAUGUCAAUAUCAGGUACUACCAACAAUAUCUUACGGGAUCGGUACGAUAUUAUAGGUAUAAAUAAAUAUGAAACAAAAAAUAAUAACAUGCAAUAAUGGUUAAUAAAAAAUUGUAAUAUUCAAUUCUUUAUUUAUUAAUAGUCCAAAGAUAUUUUCGGAACACAUUCGCAUACAACUUCUUCAAAUAAGGGAAUUUAAAAUAUUUCUUGGUUUCCUCAAGAUUUAAUUUAAAACCCUUUAAAUGAAUGGUACUUGAUAAUAGUACUAGGUAAGUGCACAAUUUAGAUUCUUGAUGAAUGA